GCCCCCCCACCCCCAUGACGCCAGUCAUCGCCGAAUCUAUAAAAACGCGCUCAUCCUCAAACAUGGAUCAACGGGGCGUGGAUUAGCCACGGGUCCCGUUUCCAUGGGUAAUCGCGGACUUCCGCCGCCGAGCGAGGCGGCACCAGCUGCAUUUCUCCCCGGAUCCAUGGAUUUGGUGACCGCGCGCCGAGUCCAUGGAUCGCUAAUCUAUGUUUGCGCGCCCCUGAUCCUCUUGCCAGCUUGCACACUAUUAGAUCACCCUCGGAUGUCUGGGUGUUCGCUGCUGCCUUGAAGCCGAAGGGUGAGAUAUCUCAUUUCCCUGCACAACUAGCCUUACGCAGGAUCGCGUCUCUGUGGAGAGGGGGCCCUGUCCCAUGCAGUCAGCACACUCAGCACAUGCUCCUGCUCGUGUGCAUUCGAAGAAAACCAUACAAACAUACUUUCGACAAUCCUCCGUGGCCAUUUUGGCCCAAGGCUCGAGCGAGACUGGCUGGCCCUGGCCGCCCCAGCCCUGAACGCCUCGCGCUCCCGGCCAGCCGGCUUGGUACGGUUGCGGGUUGCGCGCAGACAUCCCCCCCAGGUGGUCCCCGCCUGGCCUCGACAGGCCCCAACGCCCACCUCCUCCUAACCUCGCCCUCCUCUUUUCUCGGUUCUCGAUCUUCUUCCCCCUCCUCCUUCUCCUCGCCCACCCCAUCUGCCCUCUCCUCAUCCAUCUUUGCUCCUCGGUCCUCCUCCUCGCCCUCCUCCUUCUCCUCCUCCUCCCCCUCCUCAUUCAUCGUUCGUUUUGCCCCGCCAGAAGGGCGUGCCCGCGCCCGUGAGCGUGCCGAAGAAGGCACUCGAGGGCGGCUCGCCCGCGGAGGCGGGGCCGCCCGCGCCCGCCCCGCAGGGGCCGGCGUCCGAGGGCCCCCCUCCAAAGGUGCCGAGGCUCUCCUUGGCCGACCGCGCGCGGCAGAGCCGUGCCGGCGCGGACUAGUCGCGGGCGGCGGGCGCCCAAGCCGACCAGGGUACGCAGGCGCCGAGGUCGUGUGUGAGCCCGCGGCAGUCGCGCUGGCUGGCGCCGGUGCGCACGUCUGGAGCAUUGCGGCUGACCCAACGCGGGCCGCCGGCCUGGCAGAACCGCUGGUGCAGCGGUGGUCCCCCACGAGUCCGCGCCAUGGACUGGGCGGCGGGGCGCAGGGCGCUGGCAGCACAGGCGCCAGCGUGUCCUCCGACGGCGACCGCCUGCAGGACGGCCUGGACCGGGCCUGGUCCCGCGGCCUCCAGCGGGGGAGGCCCUCUCGCAGCCGUCGUGCCGUCGCCGCCGUUGCCGUCACCCUGAUCGCCGUCGUCGCCAUCGCGAUGGCCGUCGUGGUCGUCGCCGGCCGUCGCCGCCGUCGAGAGCGCCGCCGCCGUUUCCGGAGGCGUCGGCGGAGCUUCGUGGUCGCCACGGCCGUCGUGGUCAUCGCCGUCGGUGUCGGCAUCUGCUUUUGCUGGGGUACGCCCCUGCUUGUAUGCGCGGUGCCACGCGGAGAGGGUCUCGUUUACGCUUGCCGCAGGAACACUCGAGCGAUGACUGCGGCAGAUUCGCGCCGCGUCGAUGCGGCAGUGACACCAGAGCAGGCGAUCAAUGUUGAAAGCCAUUUGCGGCCUGAGCCACAGGAGCCUUGAGCGAUCUGCGCUGCAGGAUAGCGGAGAUCGCUCAAGAUUGAACGAUGCGCGCGAAGCCAGAACGAACGUUUGCUUUGACACGAUAUUGAUUCGCCGUGUGGAU